UUUUUUUUUUUUUUUCAAAUAUAUAUUUUUAUAUAUUUAUAUACAUGCAUAUAUAACAUACAUCUAAAUAUGGUGAAACCAAAUGGUAUAGCAUCAAAUCACCAUAACUGUAGCCCCCAUCAACAUAAAGGCACAUACAUGUUACAUUCGUCUGUUAUAGAUUGUAAUAAACCAGAAGAAAUAUCACUGGAUGUUCAAAAUAGUUAUAUUCAGCAAAAUUUACCUGUGAGACGUCAAAGUCUUGUUGUUUAUCAUGACAAGUUAAGGUCCGAAAAACACUCAUCUCAACAUUCAACCUCCUCAUCAUUUCAAGAUGUUGAGGAAGAGAAUCUAAACUCACCUCAUCAAAAGUAUUCUAGCCUCAUUUUUAAUUCUACAGCAAUAGAAAAGUAUAAUAAAAUUUCAGCUAGUAAAUCAUUAAACUCAAUCUAUUCUCAACAAAAAUUGUACUAUGGAAACCGUCAGAUACCUAACCCACCUUUAUCGAUACAAACUGCUACAUUACCAGACUUUGAUGAUAAUAAUAAUCAUUUAAAAUCAUCAUCUAUAAGUAGUAGUAUUAGUAGUAUUUGUAGUAGUCAUAGUAGUCAUAGUAAUAACAAUCAUAAUAGUCCUAACGAACUAGUUACUAUGGAAGAAGAAAAUUAUUACCAAAAGCAAUCUAUACCGAAAUUUAUUGGUCUCCUGAGGCCAAGUAAAUCAGAUAUGAGCGGUUUAAAUAAUAAUAAUAAUAAUAAUAAUAAUAAUAAAAAAGGGCAACACAUUAUUAUGAAUGAUGAUACAAAUACAACAGUAUUCAGCUCUUCUUUAUCGCAAACAUGGAGUGAUAUGUCGCAGCCUUUAUCCAAAUUACGAAAUGUGUUCUGUCGUAAUAGUAGUAAUCAAAUUCCUUCAACUAAAUCUAAAAGAAGGUUAAGCCAAAAAAUGGGCAAUGAGUCAGAAAAGAAAAAGAGAUCACCGCUCAUUCUAGACUCAUCAUCUGGUAGAAGGAAUAAAACAAAGAAAACCAAAUCUGAUUCUAGAGUUUACACAGCAUUAUUAUCACAUGUGUCAAGGAUGUUUUUAAAAAAGAUGCAUAUAUCAACUAUAGCAUUUAAAGAUGGUAUUCACUAUUAUGAUGUAUUUCAUGGGGUAGAAGCAGUGGAUUGUAUUACACGUAUCCUAAAAGCAAAUGAUCGAAGUUUAGCUUUAUUAAUAGGUAGAUCAUUAGAAAGUCAAGGGCUCUUUCAUCACGUCAACUAUGAUUGUCAUUUAAAAGAUACAAAGAAUGAAUUAUAUCAAUUUCAAUAUAUUCAACCUGAAGAAGAUACUUCUUCUACAUGCAAUAGUAGUAAACCCUCUAUACAUCUACAGUGUCAUUCUUCAAGUCCUGCAACAAGCCCGAUAUCUAAUAAAUUAAUUCCACUUAGGAAAUCUUAUAAGAAACAAGUACCACUUAUUUGUGAAACGGUGCCAAUAAAUGGAGUUUUUUCCAUGUUGACAGAUUGCUAUUCGCCUACAUGUACAAAAAAUACUCCAUGCUAUAGUAUCAGUUGUCCAAGAAUGAUGACACAAAAGCAGAAAAGUUUCCAACGUCCUUUAAGUUCACAUUUAUUUAGAACUGAGCAAGAGAAACAGUUACGAUCAUUAUGGAGGCACUCGGUACCUAUCAAUAUUGUUAUGAGUACAGAUGAUAUUGAAAAAAAGCGUCAAGAAUGUAUUUAUGAACUUAUUUAUACCGAAGAAGAUUUUGCUAAAGAUUUACAAUAUAUUCGUGAAUUUUGGAUACAACCUCUUCAAAAAAAUGAUAUUAUACCCACUGAGAAAAGAAUGGAAUUUAUUAAAGAUGUAUUCUGGAAUAUAUUAGAUAUUGAGCAUAUUAGUACUACACUUUCAAGAGAAUUAAAUAUGAGACAAGACAAGCACUCAGUUAUACCAUGUAUCAGUGAUAUUAUGUUAAGACAUGUCGAAAAUUUUAGCCCUUUUGUUAUUUAUGGAGCUCAUCAAAUUUUCGGUAAAUACAAGUACGAAUUAGAGAAAAAACAAAAUCCUAGAUUUCAACAAUUUGUACAGAAAGUAGAAAGAUGCCCUGAAUCUCGUAGAUUAGAACUAAACGCAUAUCUUACAAAGCCCACAUCAAGAUUAGGCAGAUAUAAUCUUUUGUUAACCGCUAUUCAUCAAUUGACACCAAAAGAUAACCAAGAUUAUUAUGAUAUUCCAAAAAUAAUUCAAAAAGUAACAGAAUAUUUAGUACAAUUGAAUAAACAAGCUGGAUUAGCAGACAAUGCAUUUCAUUUAGAACAAAUCUCAUCCCGUAUCAUGAUUACAAAAGGAAUUGAAUUAAAUUUGCAUGAUCCAGAACGUAAACUUCUUAUGCGGGGUAAAAUGAAACGCUUAAGCUUAUACAACGUUAAAAAUAAUAAUGCAGUAACGACAUCGCCUAUUAUUGAGAAUCGUUCUUCCAUGGAUAUUCAAUUGUUUCUAUUUGAUCAUUAUCUAGUAUUUUGUAAAAUUAAAAAGCAAGAUGGAUUAGAAUAUUAUAAAAUUUAUCAAAAGCCAAUCUCAAUGAAAACUUUAUUUGCAACUAUACCAAACUUAGGUUAGUCCUUCUUUAUAUUUUCUUCUUACUAAUUAAAUUAUAAAUAUGCUAGCCUCAUCAACAAAAUCAACUAUUUAUAACAAGAUAUCAUCCAAUACAUUCCCAGAAACAAAAGAAAUAUUUCCGAUUACGUUCCAAAGUGCUACAAACACAGCAUUAUCUACUACUUUAAUAGCGUCUACUGACUCUAUUAGAAAAUUAUGGUUAGAUAAGAUUAGAGAGGAACAACAAAAGAAUAAUUGUUAAUAAUAAAAAGUAUAGAUUUUUUUUUUUUA